GCAGAAAAACGCACUCGCUUACAAGAGAGGAAGAAGCUCGUGCCCUUCAUAACAGCAAAAAUGGCGACUGCUACUAAAAUUAUUCAAAGGCUUCGAAAUUUUCUAUCAGGGCAUGACCUUCAGAGUAAGCUCCAACUGCGGUAUGAAGAGGUAGCCAAGAGGACGCAGCCGCCACCUAAGCUACCGGUUGGGCCGAGCCACAAGUUCGCUAGUAACUACUAUUUCAGCAGAGAUGGACGCAGAGAGUCCACACCUCCCACAGUUGUCAUGUCUUCACAGAAGGCACUCACUGCUGGCAGCCAAAUUGCUGCUGCACCCGCAAAGCCUCCAGUGACCCCUGGGGGUGUGUACAAGGAGCCAGAGCUCUCCACAGACCAGCCGUACCUCUGAGAGGAACGGCUCCUUGUAAACCGUAUCAUCCUCCCACAAGAAGUCAUUUAGAGCUCUGUUCAGCAUGUUUUGGUUGUAUAUUAGAAAAGUGCAAAUAAAAUCACUUCUAUGUU